AUAUGCUUCGGUAAUGACGACAUAUAUGUGUAACUGGCAAACACAAUGUUAGACAGAAUGACGUGGAAAAGGUUUGAUAUCUACGGAUCGGGGUCGGAGUUCAACAUUUACUGAUGAUGUCAUCGUCUGAAGAUGGCUGAAGGAGAAGGCUGGUGGGGAGGCUGGUUUCAGCAGAGCUUCCAGGCCGUGAAAGACAAGUCAUCUGAGGCCAUAGAAUUCCUAAAGCGAGACCUGACUGAGUUUUCCACAGUAGUUCAGCAUGACACGACCUGCUCAAUUGUGGCUACAGCCAAUGCUGUCAAAAACAAGCUGGCUGUGGAAGGGUCUUCUGAGACAACAGAAAAGGUCAAGAAGAGCCUGUCUAGUUUCUUGGGGGUGAUAACAGACACUCUUGCUCCACCUCCUGAUAAAACCAUUGAUUGUGAUGUGAUCACAUUGGUGGCAACGCCAGCAGGAACCACAGAGGUCUAUGACAGUUCUAAGGCACGUCUCUACAGUUUGCAAGCUGACCCUGCUACAUACUGCAACGAGCCCGACGGUCCCCCUGAGCAGUUUGAGAGCUGGCUCUCCAGUUUCAGUCUGGAAGAGAAGAAAGGAGAAAUCUCAGAACUUUUGGUCAACAGUCCAUCUAUACGGGCGCUUUACACCAAAAUGGUCCCAGCUGCUGUAUCCCAUUCAGAGUUCUGGCAGAGGUAUUUCUACAAGGUCUUCCAGCUGGAUCAGGAGGAGGCAAGGAGAGUUGCACUGAAGCAAAGAGCAGAGCAAAGUGCCCACACAGAGACACUCGGAUGGGAGGAGGAAGAGGAGGAUGAUUUUAUUGGAGCUGCCUCUCCAUCUCAUCUUAACCUCAAACACCCAUCAGACAGUAACCCACUCAGCACCACUACAGCUCCUACAGAGACGGCCAUGAUAAGCCCUGUCCCUUCUCCAAGCGAAGAGCCCAACACCACCCUCUCAGUCAGCAGCGACAGCGUCAGCCUGCCGACGCAGGUGGAGGUGCAGCCUCUGUCCAUUGCCACAGAGCUCACCAAGAAACUGAAUGAAGUAACAUUGAAGGAUGUUGUUGACAAGAAACAAGAAGAGCAGAAGCCUGGAAAGAAUGACUCCCCUCCCGAGGCUCAGGUGGAACCAUCCGGCGGGACGGCAGUGCGAGGUCCCGUUUCCAAACAACCAGAGAUUGCGAAAGAAGAUGGUCCGCAAGACCUGAGAGUGUUCGAGCUCAACUCUGACAGUGGAAAGUCAACGCCCUCCAACAACGGCAAGAAAGGGUCCAGCACCGAUGUGAGUGAGGACUGGGAGAAGGAAUUUGACCUGGACAUGACGGACGAAGAAGUCCAACUGGCUCUAUCUAAAAUAGGGGAUUCUGGAGAGCUGGAUUCUGAAGAUUGGGAGAACUGGGAAUGAGAGCCUCGCUAGCAGAAAGUGUCUCGCUAUCAAGGCGGUUCUUGGCAGAUAAACCAUGCUUCUCGUGUUUUAACUCUUUUUCCACUUUGUCACCAUGUCAUGAUUGUCAGUGGGGGGGUUUCUGGCUGGUUUGGACCAUGUGGUAAACCGGUUGAAAAGAGAAACACGAAAAACCCUAGGGAAUUGGACUGCUUCGUCAGCUGUCAGAUUAGUGUAGAUAAACCUCUAGAGAGCGUCUCCGAGUGUCCUCUCAUUUGGAACGCUACUGACACUACUGUACAGCGGGUUACAAUUCUUCUGUCCUUGAAGCUAAUCAGCAUUCAUGGUCAAGAUGGUACGUUUUGCAGUGGCAGAGGAGUUGUAAUUUUUCUCUUUAUGCCAUUAAAUUCAUCUCAUGUUGAGUCUUAAGUGUAGGCCAUAAACUGUAAUGCUGCUUGUCACCUUUCUAAGAUGAAAGCAAUCAUUGAAUGGUGACGCAUCUUGUGUCCCCGUCGUUCCUCAUUUUUCAUAUUUUAUUAUGCAAGCAAAUCCAGGAAAAUGGGAAAAAUAUUCUGGCCACCUUUUCAUUUUGGAUUCCUCCUGCCGUUGGUCACAAGGCCUCGUAAAACACACACAGCAGUGUGACGACUUCAUCCAAAUGUUUCCUUUCCGUGUUUGCUCCAUCACAUCAUCUAAUUGAAUAUUUUUGCUUGUUGCCGACUGUAUGUUUCUUUGUGUCACCUUCAAACAUGUCAAAUGAGUUAUGAAUGUGUUUAAUUAGAGGGAACUUGUUAAUCGCCGGCCACUUUUGAGAAUGGAGAAAUCAAACUGGUAUUAUAUUCGGUCCUUGAGUUUGAGGGAAGCAUCUCUUUCUAUUUACUUAUUUGAGAAAGGAUCUAUUAGGUUUCUCUGUUGGUUGGGGAAGCUCAGCAGAUGGUGUGCCAAGCAGACCAAGGAGUAAUCUUAGCAAACUCCAACCUUUUUUUUUUUUUUUUUUACCCGUACCGUAUCUGAGAAAAGUAAGCCUAGAGGUGUAAUAUUUAUACUGGAGUAAAUGCUUAAUUAUUGUAAUUAUCUGCUUUUGAUUGGAUGUCUGUGCAAUGAUAUUAUGCAAACAUUGUACAGAUGGUCAAUGUUGAGUUCUAUGUGUUUUUGUUUGUUGUUUUUAGGCUGUUAUUCAAGUCUUUGUUGCAUGUCUGUAAUUUUCAGCUGUGUAUUCCCCUCAGUUUAAGCUAAUCAGAGCUGUUCUGCACACAUCUGUCUUCAGAGCUGUUGGGAUUUUUUUUUCCAAGAAUUUUAGUUGAGCUCUCAACUCUCUAUAAUCAUUAAAAAAGUCAUGCAUACUAUA